GCGGGCGCCGAGCAGAGCACAUCUACCCACGGUCUAGUCUCCUUCAAAACAGUCAAAACCAAGCAAGUCAUCUCUCCCUAACUCAUCUCGGGCGUCCUUAUCAUUUUUUUAAUCAAAUUUGAAGUUUCUAAUUUUUUUUUGCCUGGGAAGUGCAGCUUUCUAAAUCCACUGAGCUUUUUCAAAUGUAUAAAAUGGAGUAUUCUUACCUAAAUUCCUCUGCCUACGAGUCAUGUAUGGCCGGGAUGGACACGUCGAGUUUGGCAUCUGCCUAUGCGGACUUCAGCUCGUGUAGUCAAGCCAGUGGGUUUCAGUACAAUCCGAUCAGGACCACGUUUGGAGCUACCUCCGGGUGUCCGUCGCUCACUCCGGGCUCUUGCAGUCUCGGGACCCUACGGGACCACCAAAGCAGCCCCUACGCCGCAGUUCCUUACAAACUCUUCACGGAUCACGGUGGACUGAACGAGAAGAGAAAGCAGAGACGCAUUCGCACCACUUUCACCAGCGCGCAGCUCAAGGAGCUCGAGCGCGUGUUUGCAGAGACCCACUACCCGGAUAUUUACACACGAGAGGAGCUCGCACUCAAAAUCGAUCUGACGGAAGCAAGAGUGCAGGUAUGGUUCCAAAACCGACGCGCCAAAUUUCGCAAGCAAGAGCGCGCGGCUGCCGCUGCUGCAGCAGCUGCCAAGAACGGUUCCGGGAAGAAGUCCGACUCAAGGGACGAGGACAGCAAAGACGCCAAAUCUACCGACCCUGACAGCACGGGAGGACCGGGGCCCAACCCCGUCCAGACCUCCAACUGCGGAGGACCGAGUCCAACCGGAGGCCAAGUCAACACCAAUGGAAACGGACAGGUGGAUCAAGUGAAGACGUCGGUGGGCGGAGGCAUGGGGGUAACCGCACAGAGCCAGGGCUGGGCCUCCGCCCCGGGGACCAUCACCUCUAUCCCAGACUCUUUGGGCGGGCCCUUCGCCAGCGUCCUGUCCUCUUUGCAAAGACAGAACGGAGCCAAAGCCACUUUGGUAAAGACCAGCAUGUUUUGAAGCUGAGAGCAAAAACAGACACAAGAAAAAAGGUUUACUCCGGAGACUGAACAGUGUCGAAUAGCGGUGUGAUGUUGCAAGACAGACGAACACUGACACGCAGUUGUAAAAAAAAAAAAAGAUUACACAAUUGUAUUCGUCUCACGCAGUUUUUUGGGGUUAUUGUCCAGUAGUCGAUGACCGGCUGGUGCAAAUAAACAGAAACCGCUGUGCAUUCAAAACUCAUCCACGGAUAGGGCACUGUUUGGCAAAAGAAUACUUCGAACAUUAGAAACUGCUUGUUUUGUUUCAGGUUGACAUCCUUUUCAGUGUAGGACUGAAGAUGUUCAGUACACUCUGUACAUUCUCAAACGUCACUCUUGGGUCAUCGAAUAAGACUUUUGUUGUUUUCGACGCAACUUGCAACUUGUAAGUAGCCUUCAUUACGGUUUCAGGGCUUUGUUAAAUUGUUUGUGUCAGCUGAACACAUUAUUUCCUCAAAAAGGCACAAAGUAGGCGACUACAAAGUUCACUGCUGACAGGAAUAUGUAUGUUUCGUGUGUCUUUCUACGGCUGUGUUUUUGUGGCUCAAAUUGUAUAGUGUUGAUACGUAUUGUCUUCAAUAGUUCACCAUAGGGCAUACUCCUCUCGACCAUGCAGUCUUUUUGAUGUUUUACAAAAUUCCCGAACGGCCAAUUCCUGGAAGGCAAAAGGGAUUGGAUGCAAACAUUGUAUUUAUUUCAUUAUAAUUUGCAUGUGGUCUUAUUGUCUGAUUUUAUAAUUAUUUCCCCAAUUUUGUGAGCAUACUGUAACUUGUUUGUCCAGGAUUUGAAAAUUAUUUAUAUGUAGGUAAUGGAUGCUUAUAUUUAAGAAGGAAAUAUUUCUACAUGUGCACAUAGUUUUCCAGGUGUACCAUUGAAAUGGUUGUUGAUGAUAAA